GCUCUCAUUUUAGGGAGGAGGAAGCUGGUCCUGGGAGGGGGGAAGGGGAGCAUGAACCGGCCUGCGGGCCCUAUCAGCGGGCAGGUCACAGCCCCAGGCAGCCUCGGGGAGCUUUGGGCCUCCCAAUUUAUCUUCAAAAAUCCCGUAUCAGAAGCUACCGAGAAGAGGCACCACCUUGCUCCGCUCGGCCCCCGGGGACAGAGCCAGGAGCCGCCGGGGGGGAAGGGUGCCGUGGACAGAAAGAAGAUCCGUGGCCGGAAGCCCUUCCUAGGGCAGGCCCCGGGAUGGCUGAGAACAGGCGCUCAGGGCCCCAGGCGACAGCCCUGAUCUAUGAUGAGGACAUGACCCGGGUCCGGCUACUCUGGGACGACCCAGAGUGUGCCAUUGAGGGACCAGAGCGCCUGACAGCCACGUAUGCUCGGCUUUGCCAUCGAGGACUGGCCCAGAGGUGUGUGCGGCUUCCAGCCCGCGAGGCCACCGAGGAGGAGCUGGGGCUGGUGCACAGCCCAGAGUAUGUGGCUGUGGUGAAGGGGACCCAGACCAUGAGCACAGAGGAGCUGCGUACCCUGGCCCAGCAGUAUGAUGCUGUCUACUUUCACCCGAGCACAUUCCCCUGUGCGCGGAUGGCCGUAGGAGCCACCUUGCAGCUGGUGGACGCGGUACUGACCGGAGCUGUAGGCAACGGGAUGGCGCUGGUGAGGCCUCCUGGACACCAUAGCCAGCGGGACGCCGCCAACGGCUUCUGUGUGUUUAACAAUGUGGCCAUUGCUGCCGAGCACGCCAAGAGGAGACAUGGGCUGCAGAGAGUCCUCAUUGUUGACUGGGAUAUUCACCACGGGCAGGGGACCCAGGGUGUCUUUGAAAACGAUCCCAGUGUCCUCUAUUUCUCCUGGCAUCGAUAUGAGCACCAGAGCUUCUGGCCUCGACUCCGGGAAUCUGAUUACGAUGUGGUGGGUCAGGGUCCCGGCCGUGGCUUCACUGUCAAUGUGCCCUGGAAUAAGGUUGGGAUGAAGAACGCUGACUAUGUGUCUGUCUUCCUUCAUGUGCUGCUCCCACUGGCCAUUGAGUUUGACCCUGAACUGGUCCUGGUGUCGGCUGGAUUUGACUCUGGCAUUGGGGACCCUGAGGGUCAGAUGCAGGCCACACCCGAAUGCUUCGCCCACCUAACGCUGUUGCUGCUGCCAUUGGCCCGGGGCCGGCUCUGUGCUGUUCUUGAGGGCGGCUAUCACCUGCAGUGUCUGGCUGAAUGUGUGUGUCUGACCCUGCAGACUUUGCUGGGAGACCCUGUGCCAGCUCUUUCUGGGGAUCCAGCCCCUUGUUUGAGUUCACUGGAGUCGAUCCAGAAUGUGAGAGCUGCCCAUGCCCCGCACUGGGCAAGCCUCAGGCAUGAAGACACAGGCCCAAUACUGACUCCCAGCACGUGGUGUGGGGAUGGAGGGCCCCCCCUACUUGGGGCCCAGUCCGUAGGGACCACAGAGAGGCGGGGGACCCUCUUGGACAAGUUGCUCAGCUGCCCUCCACCUCCCCCACACACUGGCAUUGGCCUGGCUGUCCCUGACUCCACUUCCAGCCUUAACCUGCCCCCAGCUCUCCUGCAGGAGGAGGGGGUGAUCGUCAGCAAGGAGGAGGCAGAGAUGUGGUCCAGGCUGGACUCGGCCUCCACGCAGGACCAGGCCCUGGCUGCCCUGGGGAAACUCUUGGCUCUGCUGGACAAGAUCCUGACUGGGCAGGUCAGGGCUGGGAUUGCUGUGUCUCCGGCAGUUUCAGCGGCCAUGGCCGUAGCCCUCCGCAAAGGCCUCACUGGUGGGGCUCAGAGGCUGCUCUGCGUGGCUGUAGGAGAGCUGGACAUUCCUGAGGACCUGAGGGACAAUGGCCGAAUUCUCCUGCUAAACAUUGGAGGAAAGGAGCAGUCAGAGGCAGCAGCGUCCCGGACCCACAUCUGCCUGGGUGGGCACGAGGCCACAGAACCCGGGACCUUCCUCUUGGCUCUCACCAGCCUCAUCCUACCGGUGGCCUACAGUUUCCGACCAGACCUGGUGCUUAUAGUGCUGGGGCCAGACUGUGGCCUCCGCAACCUGGAUGUGGAGCUGCUAACCAGGCUGCUCCAGGGGCCAGUGGCGGGCCAAAUGCUGCUGCUGCUGCAGAACCCUGACCUCCCAUUGGUAGAGGCUCUGGCCUGGGCCCUGGAGGGCCGGGCCCUCCCCAGCACCCUGGGUCCCUUCCUCUCAGCUUCCCCGAAGCAAGCCUUGGCCAUAACCCGCCUCUGCCGGCAGCGGCGGCUGGACUGGCCCAUGUUGCAAGUGUCCGUGACCUGAGGCCCUUCCUGCACCUGCCCGGUCCUUGGGGCAGGUGAUCCCCGAGACCAGGGACCAGCAGGGCCACUGCCUGAGAAUCAUCACCAAGGCUGACAAAUGGAGCCAAGAUGCCGAGCCUGGCAGCAGACGCAGCCCCUGCCACCACUACCUGCCCGCAUGACCUUGGGCAAGUCACUUCCCUGGGCUUGGGCUGCCUUCGUUUCCUCCUUUGUACUCUGUAGGAGCUGGACCCUCUGAUCUCUCAGUUCUGAAUGGUCUCGGGGUUUAAUAAAAAUAAUAACAACAGCCA